CAUUGUCUAGUACUCGCCACUCGCUAGAGAAGGCUGUGGUUUUAUCAGAUACUUUCUCAACCGUUGCUCUUUCUGUUUUGUCGUGCUCGUAUUCGCAUAUCAUCAGCCUUACGCCGUACAAAUCGAAACAUCGAUUAAAAAUACCCUAAGAAACGAAUUAAAAUUGUGGCUGCGUGCACCCGUACAAAUUACCUGAGUGAAAAAAAAACCUCCGUCAACGACGGGCCCGAAUUUUCUACGACUGCUUUCGCCCACCGACUGUUUUUCGUUAUCUAAACGAUGCUGCGCGGCCAUCGUUCGAUCAUUUAGCCAAACGUGUAUCAACACGCUUGCAGCCGAAAAACGUGGUUAAAAAGUAAUCGACCAUCCGUUGCAUCUUUAGUUUACGAACACGAUUGAAGAUUGGACUGUGCUAUGGCCGAAAAACAACCUAGUGAUGUUGAAAUCAUUAAUGAAGAAACCAUAGAGAAUCCAGAAUCUAAAAACAAUGAAGGAGGUGGAUGGUGGGAUUCAUUGUACUCUGCAGCCAAGUCUAAAUCAGCUGAGGUAUUGGAAUCUGUUAAACGUGAUCUUGGUGAAUUAACAACAAUAGUUACUACUGAAACUAGUAAUAUGGUCCUAAAUACUACUAACGUUGUCAAAGAGACUUUACAAUUGGAAAAUCCAGAAUCGACAGCAAACACAAUGAAGAAAUCAGUAAGUUCGUUUCUGGAUCAGAUGUCAAAUGCUUUAAAUCCUCUACCUGAUGAUGACGACGAAGCAUUAAUGAUUGUUGGUUCAGAUACAGUUACACUAUCAAGGCUACAAGCACAAAUAUAUACUUUAGCCAAUGAUCCUAAUACAUUUUUAAUGGAAAUUGAUGACCAGCUAGAUAAAAGGUAUAAAGCUUGGUUGGAUUGGGUAAAAAGUGGUGACAGUAGUUUGUUAUCUAAUGAAAAGCUUACAAAAAUAUUAAAUGAGUGUACUCCACUGCGUGAUAAUUAUCAGAAACUUGUACCAGACUCUGUUUCCCAUGCAAACUUUUGGUAUCGAUUUUUAUUUCGAAAAGCAUUAUUGGAAGAUGAGAAUGCUAAACAACUGAGACAAUUUGAAAAAGAGAAACAAGAAGCUGAAAGAAUAGAUUUCAAUAAAGAGUUGACUCCAUUAUCUGAUGUAGAAUUAUCUGAAAAAGAACAAGAAGAAAUAUUGUCAUCGUAUGAUCAAGAACGAAGAGUAUCAUCAAAGUCAAAUAGUCCAACAGAAGGUAUAAAAAAAGAUUCUAAAUUAAAACAAGAAGAUAUUCCAUCCACUGCUUCUUCAGUUACCACUUCAAGUUUGGACAAAGAUGAGUGGGUGAAAGAUUUUGAUUUGGAAGAGAUUGAAUCAGCUUCCAAUAUCAAGUGAAUUAAGAAUCUGUUAAUUGAGCUUUGUUGAAUAUAUUGUUUAGUUUUUUGUAUGUGUGUAUUCACAAAGAUAUUUAUUUAUAUAUUUUUUUUUUACAUAUAUUUAUACGUAAAUAGGUAUUCUAAGAGAAUUUACCAGUUAAAUACAGCAAGAGCAAAAAUGAAAAUAUUACACUAUCUUCCACCUUUAUAAUUUUGAGUACCCUAGUAGUAAUUGUUGUAAUAUUGUAUAUAUUUAUUAAAUUAUCUGAAUUGUAAAAUUUACUAUUGUUUUGUG